CUGUUCUUCAAUAUUGUCACUCCAAAGCAACCUUUCACAACAUAUACAAAGUACCUGAGUCAGGGGUGUAAGUAACGAUCUCAAGGUAAGAUUGCUAGCGCGGUCCUUUCCGGCACCGCUGAUCCUUGUAAUUUCUCCAUUUCCUCGAGCCUCGGUUGGUCAUUGCAGGUACAAACGCGAAAAGAUGCGCAUGAUUAUCAUUUAAUAUUUGCAUUUCCUUUCAUUUCAGAUCUCCGACCUUGCUAUCUAGAAUAAUAUUCCUUUACUUUUUGAAACAGUUGGUCCAAGUUUGUGAAAAUCGCAUUUCCUGGCCGAGAAUCAAGUCAUUGAUUUAUAACAUUGGGCUGGGACAUUUUAUGCUGAAUAGAUGAGAGAGGGAGGAACGCUCUGGAGAUAAGAUGGCGGAUUCUGUGGGUAAGUAAUGCGCUGUCGGUUCCUGAUGACGAUACAUAUCUACCCUAUCCUACCAAGUCUGCCCUGAACUGCUGCAGAGAUUCCCAAUUGUACAAGUCUGACUCUGCCCAAAAUGCCAGACCGAGUAUUCGUCCACGCGCUCAACACAGUAAAAAAGAUACCCAAGACUGGAGCAUCGCGGCCGCCUCCUGCAGAUCGAUUACGUCUCUAUGGAUUAUACAAACAGGCUAUGGAGGGGGAUGUGGAUGGUGUCAUGAUGCGGCCGAGUUCUAGGGGCGAGGGUGAAGAUGGGGAGGCGGGACUACAGGGAGAAGAAUUAAAGAGGGAAAGGGAUAAAUGGGAUGCGUGGGAUGCGCAGAGAGGGGUCAGUAGAACAGAAGCGAAGAGGAGGUAUAUUGAAGCGUUGAUUGAUACUAUGCACAAGUAUGCCAGUACUACUGCAGAUGCGAGAGAAUUGGUUGCGGAAUUAGAGUUUGUCUGGGAUCAAAUCAAAAAUAAUACUCCAUCAUCCACGGGAUCUUCGCCCGGUCAUCGCGUGCCAUCGUAUACGACUCAACCGAGACAAUUUCUAGAACCAGUGUCAGGGACCGACGGCGCAAUGAGAGUAUUGAGUCCAAUGAGCCAGGACGAUGAGGCGGAAAGGGAAUCUGAGAGACGAUUAGGACGCAAUGGUGAAGAUGAAGAGGUAUAUACCGACGGCAAAAACAACAAGACGAAAUGGAGGAAGAGUGUGGAACAAGCGCUAGUGAAAAUGACAGCUGAGAUCGCAGCAUUGAGAGAGCAGAUUGCUACGGGAAGAGAAUACCAGGGCAAAAAGUCAAGGUCUCCAAGAAAAUGGCUGGCUUGGUUUAUAUGGAUCGCCAUCAAACACUUUCUGGUGGACAUGGCGCUAUUAGGUCUCAUUCUAUUAUGGAUGAGACGAAAGAAGGACAGGAGAGUGGAGGAUCUCGUAAGAGAAGGACUGAGGAUUGGGAGGGAAUACGUGAGGAAAGUCUUACCCUCUCGGUGAUAAGAGAUCGAUAUUUGAAACCUAUAACUUAUAAUAACGACCAAGAGCGAAUACAAUUGUCGGACGUUCUCGCUUCACAUUGGACGACACAAUAUUCAGAAAUCGGUCAAAGACUCCUUAC